AUGUCAAAAAAUUUGCACAGUUUUAUUACUGUCGCCGCGCUUCUCUCCCUUCUUCAUUGUGCCUAUUCUGCCGCUCAACAUCGCUUCUACCUUCGUCUCACCGAGCAACAGUUCAGUCAGCUUCCCCUAGACGUCGUUGCACAAACGCUCAUCUCAUUAAUCGCGUUGAUCUACGGGACUUCAUUUAUUGCCAAUCCUUUCCAAUUUAUCAAAAAAGAUCAGCAUCACGAUAGAACAUGCGACGAGGCGCUCAAUUGUCCAUCGUUCAUAACAUUCGACAAUCGAAUCAAGGCAAUUUCUUCAAACCUUGCUACCAUCAAAACUACCUUGAGGUCUCCAAACGAUAGUAAUCGAAAAGCUUUAGAUUUUGGAAAUAUUCCAGCAGCAAGAAUCCCUAAAAACACCAAAAAAGCAAAAGUACAUGAAAUCACCAAAAAGCAAGCAGAUGAGGCGUUUGAAAAUUGCCUACAGCUUGUUAAAAAGCACGAUGUCGAUAAUUACCUCUCAAUUUUGACAAUGCCAAAAAAUGUUCAACCGGAAUUUGUUGCGAUUGACGCUUUGAACGUCGAAAUCGCUCAAAUUCGUGAAAAGGUUGAUACUCGACGCGGCGACACGUCGGCAAUGUAUCGUCUUCAGUUUUGGAAAGACGCCAUUAUGUCUAUUUAUGGACUUUCGACAUUGACAAUUCCAAGGCAGCCUGUAGCAAUUGCACUUUGCGUUUUUGCGCCGAAUGCUCGCAGUGAUCUUCUUUUAAAAAUGAUUGAAACUAGGCAGGCUACUAUAGGUGAUAGGCAGUUUGAAAAUAUUGAAGCGCUUAUCGAUUAUGGCAAAUCGACUACUGGUUCUCUAUUACACUUGAAAAUGAGCGCGCUUGCUCGGCAGACGAGCACCACCCUACUUCCAAAUGCGAUAGAAAUUUGUGAAGAAGUUGGUGCGGCGUAUGCGGUGGCGAAUCUCAUCCGAUCGACACAUCCGCUUCUUGCCAGAGGGAUUGUAUUGAUUCCAGCAGAUGUGAUGGGAUUGAAUGGAACGAAUCCUGAUAGUAUUUAUAACAAGAAGAAGGUUGAAGAAAGUAAAGGUGUCGUCAAGGAUUUGUUUAAGGUGUCUGAAAAUCUGCUCAACUCGUCGCGUUCAAGAAUUGAUGAGAUUCCGAAGCAUCUACGUCCCGCUCUUGUCUCCACAUGUGCCUCCAUAGAUCAUAUCUUAAAAAUUACGAAAAAGGUUGAUUACGACAUCUACUCGCCGCUCCUUCAACGUCGCAAUCCCCUACUGCUUUGGUCGCUAUUUUACCGCAAACUUGUCGGAAAAUAUUAA